AUGGGUGGCUGUGUUUCAUCUCCAAAAACAAAGACAAGUAAAAGCAGUAUUGGUGGACAAGGAAAACAAGUACAAGCAGACUGCAACAAACAAGAGGAUGAGUUAUCAUCCACCAAGAACAAGAGCAAGACAACAAAGGUGAUUCACAUGGACAUGGAUGGUUGGGUCCAAGAAUUGAAGCAACCAAUCCAAGCCAAAGCAGUCACUUCCCAGAACCCAAACUGCUUCCUCUGCAGCUCCGAGUCCUUAUCCAUUGGCACGUGCGCACCCCAAGUGCCCGACGAUGAGGACCUACAACCAGGCCAUAUUUACUUCCUCAUGCCAUUGUCUCGGGCCCAUCAGCCUCUCUCACUCCCUGACUUGUGUACUUUUGCUAUAAAAGCCAGCUCUGCUCUUAGUGCCAACGAUGUUGACCUUUGA